AGCAUAGUCUCGGACCUAGAAAUACUCAGAACUCAACUCAAACCAAACCUUGAAAGUUGAAAUGCCCAAACUAGUCCAAACCCAAAAUACCCAACAACAAGCGAGGUAAAAAACCUCCUUUCUCAUCUCUACCUCCCCGGAUCUCGACUAAACAAAAACAAUCCCUCAUGUUUCGUAGACUCUGUACAUCUCUCUUUCACCCCAAAUCCUUUUCCCUUCUUCCCCUCCCCAAAAAACCAACCUUUUCAACUCCCCAGACUCUUCCCAAAGGACUCUUUUUCACUUCAACCAUCAGAAUGGCUAACACCCCAAAGUUCCAUUCCAUUCCUUCCACUGACAAAGCCUCAAAACCAGAGUUACUUCGUGCUCUGGAGUUCUCUUUAGGCUCUUCUUUUAGCUCUGACUCAAUUUGCCCAACCCCAAAUCCUUUAAUCAUUGUUAUAAGUGGUCCAAGUGGGGUAGGCAAAGAUGCAGUCAUCAAAAGACUGAGAGAAGUUAGAGAAAAUCUUCAUUUUGUUGUUACUGCUACAAGUAGAGGAAUGAGGCCUGGUGAAGUUAAUGGCAAAGAUUAUUAUUUUGUGUCAAAGGAAGAGUUUUUGUCGAUGGUUGAAAAAGAUGAGCUUUUGGAGUAUGCUUUAGUUUAUGGUGAUUAAGGAAUACCCAAGAAGCAGAUAAGGGAGUUUAUGGCAAAAGGGUGUGAUAUUGUGUUGAGGGUGGAUAUUCAAGGGGCCGAAACAUUGAGGAAGAUUCUUGGGGAUUCUGGGGUGUUUAUAUUUUUGGUGGCUGAGAGUGAGUUGGCUCUUGUGGAGAGGCUUAUUGACAGGAAGACUGAGAGUAAGGAGGAAUUGCUGGUGAGGAUUGCUACUGCCAGAGAAGAGGUGAAGUAUGUUAAUAGAUUUGAUUAUGUUGUUGUGAAUGCUCAAGGCAAGCUUGAGGAGGCUGUGAAUUUGGUGGGGUCUAUCAUUGAUGCUGAGAGGGCUAAGGUUUGCCAGAGGAGUCCGUUCAUUUGACACUUUUGUUGCGGAGGUAUCUUCAGUUGAGGAUUAUGGAGCCACGUUUGUCGAUGUUUCUGUAGACUGCUUCUGGUUAUCAGGUGGCUGCAUUCGGGUAUACUGAAUUGUUAAUAUUAGCCGUUUGGUUAAACAUCAUGUUGAUCGUCCUCAUAUCUUUUCAAUGUAACCAAUUUAGAUUCUUUACAGUCUAGUAUAUUCCAGUAAUAUCUUACUGUGAUCCUAUCAUCCUCUCUGUUUGUCUCAAUCUGUUUAGAGGAUCCUGGACUGGUAGUAAGUCGCUCUUCCCAAUUUUUUCUCAAUUGAAUGGUUGUUUAACUGAAGCUAGUCCAAGAGACUACCGAACAGAUGUUCAUGCUCAACUUUUCAUUUUCAUAAUCGGUUCUGAUGACAAUUUUUUUCAGCGACAAUUGUAAUGGUUACUUGGUUUCAUUCUGGGCCAAAGUUCCAUACAAUACCAAGAAAUGCCCUCAAUGGCCCAUGUUGGGGUUCAGAAAUGACAGGCUAUUGCAACUUGCCAUUUUGGUUUUAUGCUAAACCGAUUUGAGCACCAAGAAGCAAAGUUACGAGACUUGAAAGAACUAUGAUUUUAAAUGAACAAAAGCUGCUGAUGAUCAUGCCCAUGGCCAUACGCAAAAGCAAUUGACACAGAUGGAAUGAAUGGGAGAUACGUCUACAGCUCAAUAGAGAAGCCAAGUAAGCAGUUGUGUGAAAUUUUCCCAAAACAUUCCCUCUUGAAACAAGAAAUUCA